CAUUUAUCUUUUGUUUUAGAAGAACUGUGGCUUCAACAAGCAGUGGUAAUAUCACGCCAUGGAAGCCGCACUCUUCUUACCAAAGAUCACAAGACAUUUGAGGAAGCAAGUGACAGCCAGUUGACUGUGAGAGGAAUGGAUCAAAUGUUUAGAGCCGGAGAGUUUGUUCAUAGUCAUUUCCAUGAAAUGAACUUCAACUUCUCUGAUUUGUAUAGUAAAUCUCCACAAGAAAUUUAUGUACGGUCUAGUGACUAUUCCAGAACUCUCAACAGGUGAGAACUACAUUUAUACCUUAGUUUUCUUUCCCCCUGUUGUUUUUUUUUUUGUCGUCAUGCAGUUCAUGCUGCUCUGCAUCACACCACAAAAAUAUGGAUGCAUAGGAGACUAGAAUUACCUGGGUCUCUGUGAUGCCUUGUGUUUUCUCAAUAGCAGUUAAAGUUGUGUUCGACAGUGGUUGUAUAGCAAGUCAACGUGGAUGUCAUUUCUUUGUCUUGACUUUUUUUUAAGUGCACUGAGUUUUCUUCUUGGAUUAUACCCACCAAGGAACCAAACGCUUAAUGUUUCUUAUGUGGACCAAGUUUUCCGUGCUCCAUAUGACAUUCAACAGGUCAGUGUUACUGUCAUAGUUUCUUCUUUUGACUUUUAUCUAGGGGUAUGCUAAGGUUAAGAAUUCCUUGGUGGCCAGAGACAAACCAGUUGGCUAUUUACAAGUGUCACCGAGAAGUUCAACCCGGAACUUAACUGAAAACAAAUUGAGCUAGCAGUUGGGGUGGGGAUCUAACUAAGGGCCUCCAGAUUACAAACAUUCCAGCACUCUAACUCAAGUGCUUGGUUAAGAAGAAAGGGAAAAGACAGUCAUGCUGGCCCAUGACUGAAGACUGCCAUGAAUCAACUCUAGGAGAUGCUGGCUACCAGUGUUAGCCCAUUUUUAAGCUUGCUGUUCCCUCAUGCACUUCAAACCUGCAGUUAGCUUAUUGAGCUAACUGGGUGGUGCUUUUUGUUCUGGUGGUACAUGUAGUUGCUUCUUCAGACUUGCUUUUAAAUAAUAAUGCAGGAAACCCUCUAUAACCUCUACAGAAUGAACAUAUCUCGUUAUUCUGACGGUUGUUUUGGUCCCAAAGAAACCAAAAUUCAGUGCCUCAGUUAAAAUUAAUGCAACUAUCCCUGUUAUGUGGGCACUUGGCUUUGCUCUCUUUGGUGUCCACAUCAGUGAAGUCUGACUGUAUUUACAUUUAUUGGCAGGUUCCAAUUCACACUGUUGCUGUCGAGAAUGAUCAGCUCCUAAGAGGGUGGCUUUCCUGUCCUGAGCUGACGAAAAAAGUCACUGCUUUCUAUGAGAGUAAAACAUUUCAAGAGAGAGAGGCAGAAAGUGCCAGUCUUAGACAAACACUGGCAAAUGUAUUGGGGAUUGAGAAAAUUGAACUUAAAGACUUCUAUAAUGUGUAAGUAAGAGCACUAUAUUUCUGAUCGGUCAAAAACCACAAAAACAUGUUAUUUUAUACUGUAAAGCAAACCAGAAGUAUGAGUUGUAAGUGUAAAGAAAAGACGUCCCUUGACAUUUUACUCUUUUUAGGUAUGACUACAUUAAUCUUCAUCGCAUGUACAACCACACUUUUAGUCUUAACAUCACUGAAAAGGAGUGGUAUAAGAUUGAAUCGUUGGCAGAUUGGGUGGAAUAUAACAAAUACAGCAAAGGACUUAUCGGUGAUAUCGGCGGAGGACUUUUGGCCAAUGAGAUUGCCAUGAGCUUCAAAAAUGUUACAGAAAAGCAAAGUAAACUGAAGGUUUGUUUGUUUGUUUUUCAAGACAUCCUUUACCCAUCUAAGUCUUAACUACUUUUUAUAAGACCCACUUCAUACCUUUAAUUUUAAGGGUGCUCUUCUUAUUUCUUCCGAGAAACCACUGUUGAUCGAUCGUGUCGACGGCUUUCUCGUAACAAGGGAUGGUUCGAGGACGGAUACCGGCACAAACACCGAUUAGAGGUUCAAGAAAACGUUCCGUGUAUCAGAAGCCACCUUUACCUUUAUCCUUGGUGGUAUUCAAUACGAUUUACAACGUGAUACCGUCAUGAUCAUCAUCAUCAUCAUCAUCAUCGUCAUCAUCUUCGUCGUCGUCAUCAUCAUCAUCAUUGUCGUCAUUAUCAUCGACAAAAAUCACACAUUUCAGUGUUCAUUAAUCAAGAAUAAGAACUAACUUAUUUAACAAUGAAGUGCAUUUAUUUAUUUUCUUAUUAAUUCUUUUCAGUUGCGGUAUUACUCAGCUCACUAUCCUACCAUGUUAUCAUUGUUUACUUCACUUGGGUUAAUCAAAGAUUCUCAGAGUCCUUUGAGUAAAAUCCCGAAUUAUGCGUCUCUUGUGUUCACUGAACUACUGAGGGAUUCUAAAAACAAAUACUUCGUUCGAUUUUCUUUCAAGAAUAGUUCAUUGGAGGUAAGUUUUUUUCCCUAUACGUUUAUGGCAGCCAUGCAUUUUCCUUAGAGUGAAUGUACAAUCAAACAAGGCCCAUAAUUCGUUUUAGUAUAUACUAAAACAGUGGAUAGUGUUUUUCGCGCGCUCUGAUUGGCUACUCAAUCAGUGAAUAUCCUGCACUUUUCACUGAUUCACCUCCAGUUCCUCCGAGCGAGCGACGCCAAACUCGCGUAGGUUGCGAGCAAAAUGCUUUCCCGGUUUGCUGCCGUAACAAACUAAGAAAUUUCACAACUAAUCAAGCAAGCUAUUUCCGUUCGCGCGCCAAAAUUGUAAUCGUUGGCAACAGUAAAUGAGUUAAAAAUCAUCAUUUUGUGCUCAAUUAUCUCACUGUUUUAGUAUAUACUAAAACAAUUAUUCACCUCAGUGUCGGUGGCUAGUAUUGGAUCUUUACCUCGCCGCUUCGCGGCCUCGGUAAAUUUCCAAUACUAGCCACCUCCACUUCGGUGAAUAAUUGUUAUAUAUAUUUCUUGUAGGCUAUUUUCUGUUUUAGAAGACGUGUUUGAUGAAUUAGAAAAUACGUAGAACGUGGCCUGGUUUUUUAAGUUUCAGUACUGAAAAACAACAGUCUUGUUCUAAAACAAUUCACGAUCACAACAUCACUAGCAAUAUUUCCAAGCUCAAAUCGCCAGAAUAGUAGCAUUUACGGGCUGCAAGAGAUUUCAGGUCAGUACGUAAGUAGCCUAGAAAAAACAGCCGACAUUUCGCGACGCCAUCGCUGGUUUCCCCACAAAAUGACGUCUGAGAAACGAGUGCAGAAAUUUCAUACUGAUGUUUCUGAUUGGUUGAAGCAAAUUUCCUACGCGGCACGACCAAUCAGAAGCAUCACCCAGAACUGGGUAGUGACACGUCAUCAGUAUGGGAUUUCUGCACUCGUUUCUCAGACGUCAUUUCGCGUGAAAACCAGCGAUGGCGUCGAGAAAGGUCGGCUGUAGGUAAGUAAUACAGACGUACGACUCCUAUUGCUCAUGCUACAGAGAACUCUACAAAUGCAACAGUAGCUACAAUGUUAGCUAAUCACAGGUGUAUCCUUUGAUAUACAUGCACUGAAAUUCUGAUAAGGCUCCAGCCAAGUAGUUUUCGUGUGACGUGCGUGCGUCUUUCUAAUCUACCUUUAUCGUUUUUUUUUCCCCUAGGAAACUAUAGUAAAAUAUAACAUACCCCAUUGCGACGAUCCAUGCCCCCUGGACCAGUUUGUGAAAAUUGUGACAUCUCUUACAGUGCGUGAUGUCACUUCGUGGUGCCACGCAUGUAAAAAUACCAAAUUAUCGCAGUGUAAACCCUCAGGAGAAAAUGGUCAAAAGACCGUGUGCCCCGCUGUGAAAAAACCUAAAUUAUCUGGAACCGGUGGCUUUUUUCUCGGUGUGUUUGUCACGCUCCUAGUGGUGAUUUUUAUAACUGGAGUAUGGCACUUUUGGUUGCGGAGACGCUGUCUACCUGGAGGAAGUGGCAGGCGACCUAGGAUUGGACUAGCUGAUUUGGAAAAUGUCCCUUCUACUGGGGUUAUAUGA